AGUUCUGGCUCCAGCUUCCCUUCUAUCCAGCUCGGAACAAGUCGUCGUGAUGGCCGCAGAACCACACUACGUCUUUGCCGAGAAGAACACUUUUUUGGAGGUUCGCCUGGAGGAGGAUGUGCCAGCGCCGAUUCGACAGAUCUCAUGGUCGGCGGGAGAUAACCAGACACCUCGUCUUCAGCUGGACUUACAGAGUCCCAACGUUGACCAACAUCGCAGCGGCGCAUGCCAGCCAUGUGUUUUCUUCGCCAGCCGCCGUGGGUGUGCAGCCGGUCCGACUUGCGGCUUCUGCCAUUUGGCUCACUCCAAGAAAGCCAUCCAUCGUCCCCAAAAGCCACUUCGGGAGGAGAUGAAGAAGGCAGUGCAAGAUGUCCUGCGAGUCUCGGAUCCACAAGUGCGGCGUAUAGCCGUCCACAAGAUGGCAGCUCAGCAUGAAUACAUGCGUCAGUUGCUCAUCGGUUUCCUCAAUGCCAUGACAUGAACGAAGAACUCAAUCUCGUGGCUGUUUCUUUGGCCGACUGCCACGCUCUAUCAGGAUAGCACAGCCACGAGUUCGCCAAACACUCAACUGGCUGAGCAAGCCAGAGCAUGCCUAGGCAAGGCUGCCUUUUGUGGACCAAAAGCCCUAGUUCUUUAAGGAUUUACGGAUUGGCCUCCUCUCCCCAGUGCGUUGGCCGGUUUGGGGGGGGGGGACCACCGUCAUGGGGCCACAUUUCAAGGCCACAGAGUGGCCUCCGUCCUCCCGAAAUCGGAAGCUGGACGCCCAAUUCGUCGUCGUUUCGGCUGUUCUGGACCGGGAGGAGACGAUGAGUUCGUUCGAUGUCCUUUGGGGGGU